AAAAAUCCAACACCGCCACUCACUCACGCCUUAUUUAUUUUAUCACACAUUCACACAUUCACAUCACACCACCAUUACCAGCACUUCACCAGCUGAACAGACCUCCAACAUCAAUAAUGCGAAGCCAAUAAAAGAAACUAUUAUAAAUAUAUGCUAUUGAGUUAGCGUGUCGUCCAUAGAUAAUAUUUCCAUAAAUCCUCUAAACUGUUCUAUUAUUGUUUAUUUCAGUUAAGCUAAGAGCAUUCCCCUGAAAAGGAUUUUUGGCUUUUGUUCUUUCUUUCAAGACAAAGGAAGGCGACUCCCCAAAGCGAGGCCAAAUCUAGUGCUUUAAGAUUAAAANACUUGUUAAUUUUUCUUCCUAUUUAUAUCUGAAAAAAAAAGGCUAAGAGUGGACAAUCAGUACCUUCUUUUGGGUGGAAAAUGAGAAGAGGUGGAACGGCAAUGGCGAUGGGUUUUGGGUUGUUUCUGGUGUUGGCCGUGACGACGCCGUUUUGCAGUGGCGCCAACGUGACGUCCGACCGUCGGGCGCUGUUGAUCGACGGCAAGAGGCGGGUUUUGAUUUCCGGGUCGAUCCAUUACCCUCGCAGCACUCCCGAUAUGUGGCCAGACUUGAUACAGAAAUCAAAGGACGGAGGAUUGGAUGUGAUAGAAACUUAUGUUUUUUGGAACUUGCAUGAACCAGUUCGAGGCCAGUACGAUUUUGGAGAUAACAAAGAUUUGGUGAAAUUCGUGAAAUUGGUUAAAGAUGCUGGUCUCUAUGUUCAUCUUCGGAUUGGUCCUUAUGCCUGCGCUGAAUGGAAUUAUGGUGGAUUUCCUCUGUGGCUGCAUUUUAUACCAGGAAUUGUGUUUCGAACUGAUAACGAGCCCUUCAAGGCUGAAAUGAAGAAAUUUACAGCCAAGAUAGUCGACAUGAUGAAGCAAGAAAACUUAUAUGCAUCCCAAGGUGGACCCAUAAUUUUAUCACAGAUAGAAAACGAGUAUGGUAAUGUGGAAGGUUCGUAUGGUGAUGCUGGGAAAGCAUACGUAAAAUGGGCAGCAGCCAUGGCCACCUCAUUAAACACGGGGGUGCCAUGGGUUAUGUGCCAGCAAAAAGAUGCCCCUUAUCCUAUUCUCGAAACAUGCAACGGGUUUUAUUGUGACCAAUACACUCCACAAUCUAAGAGCACGCCGAAAUUUUGGACAGAGAACUGGACUGGCUGGUUCUCUUCAUUUGGUGAUGCUGUGCCAUACAGACCGGUGCAAGAUCUUGCUUUUGCUGUCGCACGGUUUUACCAGCUCGCUGGAACUUUCCAGAACUAUUACAUGUACCACGGUGGAACUAACUUUGGCCGCACUUCUGGUGGCCCUUUUAUUUCCACAUCCUAUGAUUAUGAUGCUCCAAUUGAUGAGUAUGGUAUUUUUAUUGCAUUGAAGUCAUCAAUCGUUCUUGAACGAGCGACGGUAUAUAAAACUGAUUCGGGAAAAUGUGCUGCAUUUCUUGCAAAUUGGGGCACAGGAUCUGAUGCAACCGUAAAUUUCAACGGGAAUUCCUAUAACUUGCCGGCUUGGUCUGUCAGCAUCUUACCUGACUGCAAGAAUGUCGUACUCAACACUGCAAAAAUUAACUCAGUUUCCACCGCUGCAAAUUUUGUUCGUCAACCUUUAAAAGACAAAACUGCAGCUACUGAUGAUGGGUCCUUCUCGGGUUGGAGUUGGAUCAAUGAACCUGUAGGCAUAUCCAGUUAUAAGGCAUUCUCAAGAGCUGGAUUGUUGGAACAAAUAAAUACCACAGCUGAUCAAAGUGACUAUCUGUGGUACUCUCUAAGCUUUGAAGCGAAAACAGAUGGGUCCCAAACAGUCCAUGUGGAGUCUCUAGGCCAUGUUCUGUAUGCUUUUAUCAAUGGGAAACUUGCAGGGAGUGGGAAAGGAGGAAGCAACAACCAAAAAGUCUCAAUAGAUGUUCCGGCAACUUUAAAACAGGGAAAAAACAAGAUCGAUCUCUUGAGUGUGACAGUAGGAUUGCAGAACUAUGGAGCAUUUUAUGAUAGAAAGGGUGCAGGAGUCAGUGGUGUGCAGUUGAGAGGCUCGCAAAAUGGAUCAAGUAUUGAUCUAUCUUCCCAGCAGUGGACAUACCAGGUUGGUUUAAAAGGAGAGCACUUGGGACUGUCUACAGGAAGUUCCUCCCUUUGGGCACCACAGCCUACUCUGCCUAAGAAUCAACCAUUAGUAUGGUACAUGACAACUAUUGAUGCACCCUUUGGUAACGGCCCAGUCGCUUUAGACCUGACGGGAAUGGGGAAAGGUCAGGCAUGGAUAAACGGUCAAAGCAUCGGGCGUUAUUGGCCCACCUAUAUUUCCCCAAAUAGUGGAUGUACUGACCCGUGCAAUUACAAGGGAGUUUUUAAAUCAAACAAAUGUCUCAAGAAUUGCGGAAAACCAUCUCAGCAGCUCUAUCAUGUUCCUCGUUCGUGGCUUAAGCCAACUGGCAACAUCCUAGUGUUGUUUGAGGAAGUUGGCGGGGAUCCCACAAAGCUGUCUUUUGCCACUCGAGAGACUCAAACAGUCUGCUCACAUGUUUCGGAAUCUCAUCCGAUUCCGGUUGAUAUUUGGACAUCUUCGGAUGAUGAGACGAGGAAGACACUUGGACCAACUAUGGCCCUCGGAUGUCCUUCUCCAGAUCAAGUGAUAUCCAGAAUCAAAUUUGCCAGCUAUGGAACUCCAAGUGGCAAAUGCGGGAGUUUUAGCCAUGGUCAAUGCAGUAGCCAGAAUGCCCGUUCAAUUGUCGAGCAGGCUUGCAUAGGUUCAAGAAGCUGCAAUAUUGGAGUUUCAGUGGAUACUUUUGGUGAACCUUGUGCAGGGGUUGCAAAAAGCUUAGCUGUUGAAGCUUAUUGUUCGGACAAAAAUUUGUCGGGCAAAUUAUUAUAGAAAUAUU